UAUAUAUACUAGUCCCACUCAUCAAUUCCCUUCAUCUCCAAUCCAAUCCAAUUAAAUUAUUUUCUACAACAAACUUUUUUUCUCCAAACCCAUAAAAUCUUUUACUCAUUUCUCAACCAUGCAAGCCAAAGAAACUACAUCACUCAAUUAUUUACACCCAAGUUCAGACCCAUCUCCUUAUCCAUAUCAAAACAACAUAAUCCAAAACACAAUUCCAACAUCUCAACUCUUAAAAUUCUCCAACAAUUUCCAUUCUUUCCAAAACUUUCCACAAACUCUUCAUCAAGAUUUCAGUCCUCAAUCCUCAUGCAUAAGCAACAACUCAACUUCAGAUGAAGCAGAUGAACAACAAGGACUAAUCAACGAGAGAAAACAUCGAAGAAUGAUAUCGAACCGCGAGUCAGCUCGCCGGUCGCGAAUGAGGAAACAAAAACACCUUGAUGAACUUUGGUCACAAGUUGUUUGGCUAAGGAAUGAAAAUCAUCAAUUACUUGAUAAGCUGAACAGUUUCUUUGAAUCACAUGAUAGAGUUGUUCAAGAGAAUGUUCAAUUGAAAGAAGAAGCUUCGGAACUUCGACAAAUGGUUUGUGACAUAAAGUUGAAUAGUUCUUGUCUUCCUUUGAGUCCUCUUGAAGAUGUUCCUAGCAUCACUUCACCAUUUGUUAAAUCUGACGAUUCUUCAAAUUAAUCAAUCACAAGUUGUUCUCUUGAUCUUUUAGAAUAAAUUUCAAGACAUGUUACAAGAAAAAGUUUUAAUAAAAUCUUCAAUUUUUUUAA